CGUGCCAUCAACGUCUUUUCGGCCGCACCAUAUGCGCCUUCUUAUCGUUCGAACGUGUUUGGCGAUCGCUUAUCGGCGCGCGUUAUCCCCAAUGAUGGAUUGCGGAUUAGUACUCGCAACGUUCGGUUGACAAGAGUCGCUGUCGCGAAAGGGAACGUUCCGACGUAUAAAAACGCGAACGGGAACGCGAUCAAGAACGAAUGUUCGUGUCUCUCGCGCCUAUAUUGGUAGCUACGUAAAGUAUGUACGGGUCGUGUGUCAAGCGUAGGACGUAGCGAAGUACCAGUUGAAAGUGCAAUUGAGAGAAUUCGACGAUUGAUUCGCUGUGCUUAUUUACAUGUGGGCGUCGCGUUGCGACACACAACUCCUUAGUGUCUGGUCGAUUUUUAUGGUCUCUCUCGCGCAAUGACGAAAUCUGCUAUGAGUUCUUUCGGCUGAUCCGACGCCCUUGGAAAAGGAUUGCGAGGUUUCGGAGUCAAUUUUUUUAUAUUUUACCUAGUCAUACACACUGUUUUGAAAUUUUUGAGAAACUGGUCCAACAAGAAUGACUUCGCAAAAAACGCAUCCUUCAAAUGGAGCGUGUUUUGAAGGCUGUACCGGCGGAUUUAAGAGUAAAAAUGGAGGCCCUCGUGCACGAUUUGACUUUGGCACUUGAGGAAAGCAGCAACAGUGCAAAUCUCAGACGCAGAUGGGGCAUCAGAAGAAGAGCACGGUCCACAGGAAAUAUUCCGGCCUUGAGCAUGAACAAACAUUCGGACGACAGCUCAUCUUCCAUCUGCGACAUUCGUGUUCCAAAAACUGCCAAUGUUUCGAAAUAUCAGUCCGACAGCGACGAUACGAACCAGACGAAGCGUUUUGCGCGCUUCUCAAAUUUGAAUAACGCCAGUAACAUCGAGAGCGACUCGGUAAAUGAGAAUUUCGUGCCGAGGGCAAACACGAGACGUAAAAGGAAAUUCAAAAGAAUGUCGGUUGACUCUGACUCGAAUGCGUCUACCUCCCAGGCGGUCACGAUCAUGACGACCACGUUCGGCGGAAAAAAACGUAUCUUUCGAAGUGAUGGCAAAAACAGAUAUAGCGCCAUAUGGUGCGGGAAGCGGAAAAGGUCAUGUAGAGAGCGCUCAAUAGAUUGCGAGAUGAGAGUAUCUAAACCGACAAGAAAUACCAAAUCAAAAAAUCGGGGUAAAAUGCAGGACGAAGACACCGUUGAUUGUUCGCGUAUAUCUAGCUCGAGUAUCUCGUCCAGCGACUCAGAAGCAGGUCUCAUCACUAACGAUGAGGAUAGAGAAGGGGAUGACGAACAGUCGGAUUGGAUUGGAGAAUCAAGUUGGCGGGAGGACGGGGAGAGCACGAGCGAUGACAAGAUCACGUCAGAUUCAACUUUCCAAGUAAUAUUGCACGGCGGAUACGAGCACUCGGUAGCCGAGGCCAGGAGGAAUUAUAGACAGAGAAUACAGCGCAUUCGUGAACUCUGCUCUAGCGGCAGAGAGAUCCGCGCUGGGCGACGUCACGUCGAUAACAAACCUGGUUACUCCAUCAUAACUUCUGCCAACGAGAAGGUGUCACGAUUCCUACAGGAUCCCACUCAGAGCGAGCUGAAACUGCAUCCUAUGCGACAACCAGAACGCGAGAAGUUGCGUCGACUCGCCAAUCUGUACAGUCUGAGCUUAAAGGGCGACCUAGGUUGCCCGAUUUUGUAUAAAACUCGACACACUACGCAAGCUGUAUGCGUGGAUCAAGUAUCGUUAAACAGAUUUUCGGACUACAAGAGACUACGCAAAACACCGCCAAAUUCGCCAAAUCCAGACUCCACGAUGGAGACUCAGGAACCCGAAGUUGGCAGCGCGAGCUCCGAUCCUCCGGUAAUAAAUCAGACACAGAACAUUGCUCCUGUACAACAACAAAGCACGCAGCCAUUCUCGCCGUUCGAAUGGGAGACUGAAAGCAUGGAUGUUGAAGUACAUGGAAAGCCAAAGUUUUCCGACUUUGGACACUCAAAGUCCAGUUAGACGCAUCGAUAUUCAUUGUUAUAUUGUUUUUUGUAAUAAAUUAUUUACACAGAGUGUGUGACAGGAUCAGUGGUGCGAGAAAGAAAAGAAAGCGAGGAUUAUAUAUUUCAUGAGAUAUAUAUUUUCCAAGAUUAAGCACCUUAUAUUUGAAGCAUUACGUGCAUUUGAUUAGUUUUUUUACACGAUAAUUUUACACAAGCACGUAAUCACGUGCCUCAUUCAUUAUGUCAUAAAUCCCACCACAUUCCUGUUUGUGUACACACAUUGUAGCUAUUAUAAUUUGUAUAGAUUUAUAUCCUAUAAAAACUUCGAUAAAAUAUAUUAUUACCUGUAAUCACGUACUACAUACACAGAGAAGAUUUUAAUAUGAGAAUUGUGUAUAGCAGCUUUGAAAUUAUAAGAUAUUUACAGUUA